UCACCGAUUUCAGGCAAUCGGCAAUACAAAAAUUCCCCGGGUGUGCUCACCUAUACUCAUGAAAAUAAACGCCCAGGGUCCCGUCAAAAGAAUGUCAGUUGUCAUGACCUUCUUUUUCAAUUGGUGACGUUCGCCAGCUGUUCAGUUUUUCAAGUAAACAGACAUUGUAAUAAAGAAAACAUGGAAACAUGGAAAAAACAUAAUUUUAAGACAUCAAAGUGUUCUUUCCGAUAGUGGAACAUAACGAAAAAUGGUAUUGUACGCCCAACUUGUUGAAGAAUAAUCAAGAAAAUUUAUAAACAGAAGAAUCAAAUUAGAGCGGCACAAAAGACGUUACUGCUACCUUUAAAAAACUCAAACAGAAUUUAAAUUAAAAUGGCUCGAAUACGUUGGUUUACUCGAACCUCACGCAUUGUAGCUCUGUGCAGCUUUGCUAAUUUCAUUAACAGUGCAGACAGAGUUAUUAUGCCCAUUGCAAUAGUGCCAAUGACCAAAGUAUUCGGAUGGACCCUUCACUUGCAAGGAUGGAUUUUGUCGGCGUUUGCAUUAGGGUACUUUACAAGCCAGAUAAUCGGCAGUUUCUGGGCCUCGAGGUUAGGGGCCAAAAAUGUACUGGUCUUCAGUGUUUUGCUGUGGAGCAUAGCAACAUUUAUCACACCAUUUCUUGCUAGCAGUGUGGCAGCUUUAAUGGCUUGCCGCAUUGUUUUGGGCUUUGCGGAAGGGCUUGGUCUGCCUACCAUAUUUCACCUGUUUGCGCAUAGUAUACCCGUUGAAGAACGUUCACGAGCAUUUUCAUACCUUCUGGCGUCGGGUUCUGUAGGGCAAACAGUUGCCUCAAUUCUGUGCCCCCAUUUCCCUUGGGAAUCCUGCUUCUUCUGGUUCGGUUCAUUUGGGUUCUUCUGGAUAUUCUUAUGGUACGGCUUCUAUCCUCGAGAUGUAUUUGGGGGAGAAGAAACCAUACCAUUACACAUGCCAAAAGUAGUCAGCCACAACAUUCGAUGGGCAGACUUUAUAUUAAGUAAGCCUUUGUGGGCUAUUUAUGCGGCACAUUUUGCUAUGAACUGGUCAUCGUACAUAAUUAUGAACUGGCUGCCUACAUAUAUGCAUACGUUCUUAGGUGCGAAUGCACACAGUCUCAGUUUGACUGCUGUACCUUACAUUAUCAAUUCAAUCUUCGGAAUUAUAUCAGGACACGUAGCCGAUGGACUUCUACUGAAUAAGAGUUGGAGCGUUUUAAAUGUGCGUAGACUUAUGACAUGUAUCGGCCUGGUUGGACCAGCACUGUUUCUCGCUAUGUUUGGUGUAGUGGAGCAUUUGGCCUUUGCUCUAAUUUUAGUAAGUGUUUCAAUGGGAUUGAGUGCUUGUAACUCAGCGGGACAUCUGAGCAAUCACGUGGAUGUGGCUCCCAACCACGCCGGUACUACUUUUGCAGUUAGUAAUACUAUAGCUACCAUUCCAGGUAUAUUGUGUGGACAUGUGACCGCUAGUUUAGUUACCAUGUCCGAUGGCAAGUGGUUAGGAGUGUUUUUAGGGGCUACGUUUGUCAAUUUAGCUGGAGCUUUUAUUUAUUUUACAAACAGUGUGGCAACCCAAAUUCUGUAAAUUUGUAUAUAUUUUGCUGUUAAAAAUCAAGGUAAAGUGAUAUUUAUACAUAGAAGUUAUUAAAUGCCUAUGUAUAAUAAAAUUCGUUUUAAAUAGAUUAUAGAUUAAAAAAAAUGAGUUGUUAUUUUCUUAUAAUCUCAAGGAUGGAAAAUUUCUGAACGGUUUUCUGUGCGGUAAUAAUUGUGUUAAAUGGAAUAUGUCUUUCUGGGUUCCAUAAAUUUUUCACAACAAAUAAAUUGUAAGCAACCUGGGUAAAUGGAGCAAACAGUAGGUAGGCGGAACCCACCCACGACGGGAGUGGCAACAUCGGGGCUGCUUCAUGGUUGUGACGGGAGAUGGCGCGGCGCUCUUGGCGAAAAACAACUGGUGGUGUUGCCAGGGGUUUAUUAUUAUUGAUUUGAUGGUGAUCGUGAAGAAUUGUUAAUUAAAUCAUUGAAUUU